AUGGUAAACCAUAAGCCCACCGCAGUCCUCAUUAUACACGGUGGCUAUUUUCUUCCUGCAGCUUGGGAUGUCUUUGGGGAUCAACUCCGCCAGGCAGGGUUCAUCGUAAAGUGCCCACGUCUACCAUCUUGCGGUGACAAGCGCCCGCCAACUGCCACCAUGAAUGAUGAUAUCAUAGCAGUCCGUGAGGCGGUCCAGGAGCUCAUUAAUACGAAUAAUUCAAUUCUUGUCUUGGCUCACUCCUACGGCGGAAUGGUUGCAUCAGAGGCGAUCGGCCCCGAUCUAUACGCCAACAAUGGGAAAGGUACUGUCGGAUUAAUUUUCCUCAGUGCAUGGCUUGUUCAGCCAGGCGAUACUCUGUCCGAUGUUAUUGGAAAAUACGGCUUUCAAUGCAAGGUGGACCUGAGCGAUAAUGGAGACGGCACUUUCUUCGCAAAGAAUGCUCCUGAGUCUUUCUACAACGACAUUGAAUCUACCGAAGCCAAAGAUUUAGCUACCAAGAACGUCACCCACAAUUUGUUCGCGGCAUCAGGCAAGAUUUCAGGUGCACCUUGGAAGGAUCUGCCCACAACGUACAUUCAUUGCGCCCAGGACAUGGCGAUCAUGUUGCCACUACAGCAGAGUAUGGUUCAAGAUGCUGUGAACAUGGGUGGAAAGCUGGUCACCAAGACUAUUGAGUCAGGUCAUUGUCCUUUCUUGAGUCAACCUGAGGCUCUCCUUAGAAUUGUGGAAGAGGCUGUCACGAAUCUGGCAUGA